UCCUCGGGUAUGCUCCAGAGCAGCUCAACUUACUGGAAAGGACCCGCAACCCAAGCCCCAUCUGUUUUGAUAUGAUUGAAGAAGCCUACAUGACAAAAUGUGGACAUAGCUUCUGCUAUAAAUGUAUUCACCAGAGCUUGGAAGACAAUAACAGAUGUCCCAAAUGCAACUAUGUUGUGGACAACAUAGAUCAUCUCUAUCCCAACUUCUUAGUCAAUGAACUUAUUCUUAAACAGAAGCAAAGAUCUGAGGAGAAAAGGCUCAAACUGGACCAUUCAGUGAGUAGCACCAAUGGCCAUAGGUGGCAGAUAAUUCAAGAUUUGUUGGGAACUGAUCAAGACAAUCUUGACUUGGCCAAUGUUAACCUGAUGCUGGAACUGCUGGUGCAAAAGAAGAAGCAGUUGGAAGCAGAGUCCCAUGCUGCCCAAUUGCAGAUCCUUAUGGAAUUUCUCAAAGUUGCCAGGAGAAACAAACGAGAGCAACUGGAGCAGAUCCAGAAGGAGCUAAGUGUUCUGGAAGAAGAUAUUAAACGAGUAGAGGAAAUGAGUGGCUUGUACUCCCCAGUCAGUGAGGACAGUACAGUGCCGCAGUUCGAGGCUCCCUCACCUUCACACAGUAGUAUUAUUGACUCCACGGAGUAUAGCCAGCCUCCAGGCUUCAGUGGCAGUUCUCAGACCAAAAAGCAGCCGUGGUAUAACAGCACACUAGCCUCACGACGCAAGCGGCUCACAGCUCACUUUGAGGACCUAGAGCAGUGCUAUUUUUCCACCAGGAUGACACGUGUCUCGGAUGACAGCAGAACUACCAGCCAGCUGGAUGAGUUUCAGGAGUGUCUAUCCAAGUUCACACGCUACAAUUCUGUCCGACCCCUGGCAACACUGUCUUACGCUAGUGACCUCUACAAUGGCUCCAGCAUAGUAUCCAGUAUUGAGUUCGACCGAGACUGUGACUACUUUGCCAUCGCUGGAGUGACAAAGAAGAUUAAAGUCUAUGAGUAUGGUACAGUCAUUCAGGAUGCAGUGGAUAUUCACUACCCUGAGAAUGAAAUGACCUGUAAUUCCAAAAUCAGCUGUAUCAGCUGGAGUAGUUACCACAAGAACCUGCUAGCCAGCAGCGACUAUGAAGGCACCGUCAUCCUUUGGGAUGGAUUCACAGGACAAAGAUCCAAGGUCUACCAGGAGCAUGAGAAAAGGUGCUGGAGUGUUGACUUUAACUUGAUGGACCCAAAGCUAUUGGCUUCAGGCUCUGAUGAUGCCAAAGUGAAGCUGUGGUCGACCAACUUGGACAACUCAGUAGCAAGCAUCGAGGCCAAGGCUAAUGUGUGUUGUGUCAAAUUCAGUCCCUCUUCUAGGUAUCACCUAGCUUUUGGCUGUGCAGAUCACUGUGUUCACUACUACGAUCUUCGCAACACUAAGCAGCCAAUCAUGGUGUUCAAAGGGCAUCGCAAGGCAGUCUCCUACGCAAAAUUUGUGAGUGGGGAAGAAAUCGUCUCUGCGUCAACAGACAGCCAGCUGAAGCUGUGGAAUGUAGGGAAGCCUCACUGCUUGCGCUCCUUCAAGGGUCACAUCAACGAGAAGAAUUUCGUAGGGCUCGCAUCCAAUGGAGACUACAUUGCCUGUGGAAGCGAAAAUAAUUCCCUUUACCUAUACUAUAAGGGCCUCUCAAAGACACUGCUGACGUUCAAGUUUGAUACAGUCAAAAGUGUCCUGGACAAGGACCGGAAAGAAGAUGACACAAAUGAGUUUGUGAGUGCUGUGUGCUGGAGGGCACUGCCAGAUGGGGAGUCCAAUGUGCUGAUUGCUGCUAACAGUCAGGGUACAAUUAAGGUACUGGAGCUGGUAUGAAGGGUUUUCUCUCAAGGCAUGAGGUACUUGGUCCUGCUGAUAUGCUACAGUAUUCAUCUGGGAUCCUCAGUGGGACAAGAAACCGAAAUCACCUUGAUGUUCCUCCCCAAAACCAUCAUGUUUGGGUUUUUUCCAUUUAUGGACUUUCUAGGACGUUUUGAAACACUGGAAGCACCAGUGAACUGUCUGCCAUCAACAUUAACUCCACAGACUUUGCUGCUGCUCGUGGUGGUGGUAUGGUUGUCUAAUUUUUAUGACAGGAAAACAAAUUCUUUUAAAUAAAAACAAAAAGGAAUAAUAAAAUUUAUUGAGCCACAAGCUGAAGCUGGAAGAUUCUCUCUUGUUGCAUAUGGGAACAGAUUUACUUGGGAAGGGAGCUUACAGGACCACACAGGGCUGCCCUCAGUUGCACAUCUCCGUUACUUUCUUCUGGACUGUUCCUUCAUCCCCAUUGGAAAAAGAAUGUUUCUAAGCCUUACCUGGACAUGCAAGCAAUCUGCUCUGAGAUCCCAUAAUGGUAUGGUUCAGUUGUUCCUUUGAUGGUUUUUUUUUUUUAGAUGUGUUAAAUGUUGAGAAAUAUCACCCAGGUUGAUACCUCUGGAGACUGAAGUCCUCUGGUCAUCAAGAAGAGAAGGGCAGCUUCCCCUUCCUCCUUUCCUUAUGCCCCUGCCUCAACUGAAAGGGGCAGCUCCAAAGGAGAGGAGUAAGUUGUCCUUCCAUCCAUGCGAACCUGGGCCUCUCUGCUGCCUGCCACCAGCAACAUGCUGAGAUGAGGUGACCUGCGGUUGCCUGGGACCUGGACUGACCUCACCAAGAUGUUGUGGGAUAACUAUCUCCCCCCGCAGUGACCUGGCUGUGUUUGACUAUCUCAGCUAGAGGAGGAAGCUUCUAGAUCCAGUUACCAAAGCCCUGCACCACUUAAUGGCCCAUGUGGUCUGGUUGCGUUUGCCCCUCUCUGCACAUCAUGGAAGCCAAGUGUUUUGAAUGUUGUAAUAAGAGAGGGAAUAGAGUUGGUUUGUAAAGUGUUUCAGAGCCAUGAUAUAAGUAGCCUUAUUUUUAAUGGUCAUGCAUACACUUAAUUGUACAUACAGAGGGGGAAUAAACCAUGAUGCUAAGAGUUGUUGUUGCUUGGUUGGCAGGAUAGCGGGAGGGGUAAGAAGGUGCAGAUGGUCUUCACAAGCAGCAGUUAUGCUGAGCUCUCAGGAUUGCUGACAGGACUUGUUAAGCUUGAAAGUGGAAUCAGUGGGUGUAGUAUCUUUUCCUAGCUGCGGGCGGCAAAGGUGCAAUGUAUACAGCAAUACCUGUGGGAAGUGUUUCAGUUUGCAAACAGAAUCUCUCUGCGUUCAUUCAUUGCAGUGUGUAUCUCCCUCACGCCUCCAAGGCUGAGAGAUUCCUGCAGGGACUUCGCUCUCCAUGUCAGCAAAGCCAUCAAGGAGCCAUAACUGAUGGUGGUGUGUGAAAGGUGUCUUGCAUCUUCCAGGUGCUAAAAGUCCGAUUCUGAUUUUCCCAGAACAGUUGUGAGGUCUUUUGACAUGCUUUGGUCACAGGACAGAAAAGAAAAACACGGAUGCUCUUGGGGGUAUGAGCAAAGGAGCAGGGAUGAAGCCUUACAGCAGAGUCGGGGCAGAUCCUGUCCUGUUUCAAUGUUGGUGCCUGUUCCCAGCAGGGCUACAGAGGACUUGUAUGCUCCUUCAACCAACAGCUAUGGCUCUUGGCUAGAAGGGUGUGGGACACACUGAAAUUGCUGUUGGCCUGUAGAGAGUCUUGUCCAGUGGGGAGAAACAUGGUGCUGAGCUCCAAGAGAGAUGCGGAUGGCCCCCAGAUGCUGUGUGCUGGUUUUCUUUCACGGUUUCUGACAUGUCAGUGGGGGGUGAGAGCAAUGAGAGAAGGAAAGGAGAGAGAAGAGCGCGCGCUAGCGUGUGUCCUGCUCUGAGGUGCUAUCUGCAGGUCUCCGUCGUAUGAGUCACCCGAGUCACUGUGGCAGAAGGAAACAAAAUUGGUUCCUUCUGUCUGAUGGCAGCUGUCUGAUGCGUCCCAGUGAGCACUAGCUUGAUUUCCAUUUUCCCUGCAUUUUAAGAGAUUUUGGUGCUGGAUGACUGUGCUGGGCUGUGCAGAGCAUCCUUCCCAGCCAGCUACCUCCGAAGGCAGGGCCAGCAUGAGAAGCCAUGGCCAUCACACUUGCUGCUUCCCCUGGUUUCAGGCAUGGGUUUCUCUCAGCCUCUGGCUUGUUUAUCAAUGCCUACUAAUUUAUUUUGCAAGCUGCUGUGGCUGCUGUUAUACCCCUGCUCUGUGCCGUGCAGCCGCUGCUUGGCAGGUGACCUCAUUCCUUCUAUCCCCCCACUUGAAGGUCCUCUGUUUUAAAUUGAAAUCACUCUGACGAAGCUGAGAUCUUAAAAACAGAAGAAAAAAACCAGCUAUUUUGAAUGCUGUAAGGUUAAACAGGGAAAACAGUUUAACAUCAGCCGCCUUUAUUUUUUCAGUUUUCAUUCUGUUUCAAUCAAGAUAAAAUGCAAAUUCAGUGUCUG